UACGGGUAACUCUGAAAAGAUCCGAACUCGAUUUGGGGUUCGGCCAAAUUAACCCGGUCGCCGGCAGCUAAAUCCCCUCUCUUUGCCACCGGAGGCGACUGAACGCCUUUCUACCGUUUGCAAUUCCGAUCGUGAUGCGUGGUUUAACAGCUCAAUUCAGCUCCUAUUUGUGCAGAAGAAGACCAGUGAAUGUUCGAUCACGCCAAUAUUCGUCAUCUUAUCAUGAAAUAGAUGAACGAGCAAUGGAGGAGGAGGCUGAAAAGAAAAUAGGAUGGCUUUUUAAACUUAUCUUUGCUGGGACUGCAACAAUCGUUGGAUACCAUAUCUUUCCAUACUUGGGUGAUAAUCUGAUUCAGCAGUCUGUGUCACUUCUACACGUCAAGGACCCGCUAUUUAAAAGGAUGGGAGCUUCAAGAUUAGCUCGUUUUGCAACAGAUGAUGAAAGAAGAAUGAAGAUUGUGGAGAUGGGUGGGGCACAAAAGCUUGUGGAUAUGUUGGGCGCUGCAACAGAUGAUCGCACACGUAAGGAAGCUUUGAAUGCUAUUGCUGCCAUUGCUCGUGCAGAUGAAGCAGCCAGGGCUCUGCAAAGCGCCGGGGCAAUCUUAGUAAUCAUGGCUACUCCAGAAGCCACAGAAGAUGCUGAAAUUGACAAAUAUAAAGCGAAGUUGCUGAGUAGACUUGGAGAUAUGAAAUUUGAUGAAAAUUCGUCUUAAAAAUUAAGGUUGCGGUAUAUGGGACCAGGGGUGGAGCCAAGAUUUUUGAUGAGAGUGGUCCUUUUAUUUCAACCAGUUUUUAUGCAAAAUCACCCCAAGCACUUUUAAAGUGUGUGGAGUCGUUAGAUGUAAUAGACUUUUGCUUAUAUCAGGAGCUAAAGUAGCUCCUAAAAAAUUGUUAUUCAAAAAGGGGUAUUUCCAUGGGUUUACCGUUGUAUUGAAUGAUCCUGGACGGUUGCUUUCUGUUCAUAUAUUGCAUACAGCUUUGGUUGCUGGUUGGGCCGGUUCAAUGGCCCUGUAUGAAUGGAACAUAUGAAACACCUUUAAAUCCCUUUAUAAA